GUGCCGUGGAGAGUGUUUUGAAAAACGAUGUGUACCAAAUUUCCUUUUGGAAAGAGGAGGAAAGAAAAAAUAAAGAAGCAGGCUGAUCUGAAAUAUAAAUAUAUGGAAGACGUAGAAUAUGCUAAAUCUUUGAGCAAAAACAAAUUGGCACCACCCCACACCUUGAGUUUGCAGAACCCUCCAGCUUCAUGUGAAGAGGUGCCUACCACAAGUGAUAAGCAAGGACAAGAGAGGGUACCACCCCACACCUUGAGUACACAGAGCGGUCCACCUUCAUUGGAAGAAGAGCCUACCACAAGUGAUAAGUCGGGACAAGUGAAGGCACAACCCCACACCUUGAAUUUGCAGAACCCUCCAGCUUCAUGUGAAGAGGUGCCUACCACAAGUGAUAAGCAAGGACAAGAGAGGGUACCACCCCACACCUUGAGUUUACAGAGCCCUUUAGCUU